CUACAAGCCAUCGAUGGAUACAGACGACUGCCAGAUGAUGUUUAUUGUAAUUUUGUUGUACCAUUAGGCUAUAUUAUCCCAAUGUAGGCUAAUGGGGUGAGAUAUUUUUAUAUUGUUUUUCAAUGUUGACAAUUUCUAUAGAAAAGGUAACCGAAAGUUAUAAUGGGUUUUAUUUGCUGUGAUAUGCUUGUCUUCAACUGAAAAGCGUAUUCACGGUGUCCCCAUUUCGAUUGAGAAACAGUCAAUUUGGACAACAAAGGAGUUUUAUCGCAUGAUCACUCACCAUGCAUGGAGACUUAUUCCAACGAUAACAUUGCAUGGGUUAGGAUAAUGCAAUCCUGAUAAGGACCAAAACUAUUAUUCGGUUAGUAAUGCAAGGGCGCAUGGUCUCAAUUACUAUGCAAGGUAGGUGUGUAAAAUUGGUGUGCAGGAUAAACGUGGUCUUUAGGGGGGACUGACGGUGACUUGCUUUAACGCAAAGGUCUAGCUGUGAUUUAGGAGGCUUUGUAACCUGAAUUAGUUGAUGAAUUUUCUAUCGAUCCUAAACAAGCCUAGAUUCAUCUCUGACAGGCUUCUGCUGCACGCAGCGCACGCCAGGGCAUUCUCUCACCAUUAUUAGCGAGUGCAUUUAAAAGCCUGGCAAGAACGAGCACACGGCAUCACUUUCCCAGCCCUUGUUUUCAAAAGCUCCAGUAUAAAGAAUUUUAAAAAUCGUUCAAAGGAAUAUAGCUUGACUAUCAAGGCGUUUGGGACGCAACACUUUUCUUGUUUAUGUAAUGUAUGGCGAAUUGGGCAGGUGAGGGGGUUGGCUAGUUGAUCUGCUCUAUAGACCGUGUGUAAACUCCGGUGGUAUGUAUUUCUGGCGUGUCUGCCUCGGGUUGUUAUUGUUUUGAUUCGUGCUUUUCGCAGAGCGUGCCAGUGUGUAAAAAAGUAUGCAACAUUCGAAUGCCACAUACUAUGCCAGGAUGAUGUGCGGGUUCUGCUAUGCCUAAUCCUAUUUCCUUAUCCGGGAAUCGUCAGGAUCCACGCCAUUGGCUCUCGCUGUCACAUGGAUUCUUAACUUUGUUCACUUGACAGAAAGUAGGAGGGUUCUACGAAACAGGAAAACGAGUAAAGCGAUAGAUAUACAUUUUAGUAUAUUUUGUGUGCAAUUCAAAGAAAUUAAUGGCCAUGAGUUCCUAUUUGAUCAACUCCAACUAUGUGGACCCCAAGUUUCCACCCUGCGAGGAAUAUUCACAGAAUGACUACCUACCCAGUCACUCUCCGGACUACUACAGCGCCCAGAGGCGAGAGCCUGCGUUUCAGAAUGAGUCGAUCUACCACCAGCGGUCGGGCUGCGCCGACCCGCCUUACACGACGUGCCAGGGUCCGGGGCAGCCCGCGGUGGUGAUGUCUCCACGGGGUCACGUCCUCCCCCCAGCCGGACUCUCAACCCCUCUCCCGGAGCCUAGCCACCAUUGCGACUCCGUAACUCCAAGCCCUCCACCCGCGUGUGGCCAGAAUCCCCUCAACCAUAGCCCUUCCACCGCCAGCUCUCGCAAGGAUCCGGUGGUUUACCCCUGGAUGAAAAAAGUCCACGUAAACAUCGUGAAUCCAAAUUACACAGGGGUGGGUGAACCCAAGCGCUCGCGGACAGCCUACACGCGACAGCAAGUCUUGGAGCUGGAGAAGGAGUUCCACUACAACCGCUAUCUGACCCGGAGACGCAGAGUGGAGAUCGCCCACACGCUGGUUCUGUCCGAACGCCAGAUCAAAAUCUGGUUCCAGAACCGGCGGAUGAAAUGGAAGAAGGACCACAAGCUGCCCAACACCAAGAUUCGCUCCAACAGUAACUCCAACAACACAAACUCGCAAAGCAGCGGGCUCGCGCUGGGGAGCUCUCAGAACCGAACCAGCGGGCCUCCACCGAGCCUAUAGCCUCCCUCCUUUUCCUACCCAUCCACCACCCACCCAACAUGCACUUUGAAACCUCCGUUUCUGGAGUUGGAUACAUGGAUUCCACCAUGUUUUUACCUCCCUCUUCAAUUCAAUUACAGGGUUAUAACAUGUGGGGGGGGAGGGGGGGGGGGAAGGGGGAGUAAAAAACUAAGAGAAAAUGUGUCUCUUAAAAAAUUUAAAAGGGGAGAAGAUUCAAACACAAACACUUCCAAUGAUGUGUUCACAACCUGAUCCAGUUCCCUUUUUUAUCCCGUGCCCCUCUCAUUCUCUCUCUCCUUCUCUCUCGCCCCCCCUCCGUUCCAUUAGGACAGAAGGCGGCAGAUACUUUUCAGAUUUGGUGAAGAUGGAUCCGUGUUUCAUCUUUAAUCAUGCCAAACUCGGCCCCAUUUGUCAUGUUUACUCUGCAGUACAAAGGGUGAACGGUGGGGCCUGCCCAUUACCUCAACGUCCAAAGUUCUGUUUAAUACAUAAGCCCCUUGUUUCGUCAAGAGCCGUUUUCUUACUCCUUUUUCCUCUCCUCAAUACUAAAAAAUACACCGAAUAUGUUCUCCAAACAUGAAGUUUUUUUUGUAAGAGAAAAUAUAGCUGAUUCUCAGUUGUAUUCUAUGUUUAUCAAAUGCAAUUAAAUGAAGACUGACAACGAUUGUGAGGUCCGUUGCUAGUUCAUUUUUACAGGGACUCCUUUCGCUUCUUUCUUUCUAGCAGAGACAGGGUGCAUUUGAAAAAAGAUGGUAAAUCACGGUAUUAACAUAGGAUAGUCGUCGCAGUGGAAGGAUAAAGCUGGACUUAUAGAAACAUAUGAACCAAAAGCUGGUACAAACCUACCUAAGUAAAAUAAAAACAGCACUGCAAUGUACUACCUUACUAUUAUAAUUACCUCAGUUGUACUUAUGUUCAUUAUUUUCUUGCCUUGUGUUAUGAAGUGACAGGUUAAGCUCAUUUGAAUUUUGUGGCAAGUAUCUGCAAUACGAACGUACUCAUUUCUUGUAAGUGAAAUAUAAUUUAAGCAAUUUUGUUGGCCAGGGUUGUAAUGAGAAAAAUGGUGCGUAUAUUGCAUGACUGAAUACACGUUAAUUUGAUCUUUUAUCUUUCUCUAUCUGGUAUCCUUUCUUGGCACAUAAACAUGCGCCCCCCCUCCCUCUUUCUUCUCACCAUGUGCCAUUUUUGGUAUUUUAUUUUCUAUGCGUUCCUUUUAUUUACAUUCCAAAGAUGUUAUCGUUUUUUUCUUCCUCCAUAUUUGAAUGUUGCUAUUUUUCUGCUUAUUCUCCUCAGUGUCUACCUUUUAUUUGUAAAUAGCUAUAGAAAUGUAAUAAAUGCUUGAAAAGGA